AAAACCCUGCUAGAGGCUGCGAGCUCCGCAGUGCUGCUCGCUGCGAGGAGGGGCGAGGGUCGGCGCUCGCUGCGGAGCCACGCCGGGACCGCUGCUAGGAGGCUGAAAGGCGGCGGGAGGGGCCGGCGGAGGACGAGAGAGCUCCUCCUGACAUGUCAGGGGCAUCCUUGACCUGACAGGGCCCGGCCGGGGCUAGGAGCGGGGCUGCGAGUCGGGGGCGGGGCGGGGUGUCGCGAUCUGCUCCUUGGUGCCUCGGUCCUGCCCUGAAGGGACGUGCGUUCCGCGCUCGGUCGCUUCGGGAAGGGUGUGAGGAAAGUUAGCGGGAGGGUCGGGGAGAAGGAGCAUUCGCCUGAGGCUGGAGGAGGCUGAACUGCGUCCCCGCCCUGCCCGCGCCUAUGCGGUACUUGAAGGAUGGCGAAGAGGUCGCGCAGUGAGGAUGAGGAUGAUGACCUUCAGUAUGUUGAUCAUGAUUAUGAAAUACCACAGCAAAAAGGAUUGAAGAAACUCUGGAAUAGAGUAAAAUGGACAAGAGAUGAGGAUGAUAAAUUAAAGAAGUUGGUUGAACAGCAUGGAACUGAUGAUUGGACUCUAAUUGCUAGUCAUCUUCAAAAUCGUUCUGAUUUUCAGUGCCAGCAUCGUUGGCAGAAAGUUUUAAAUCCAGAAUUGAUAAAGGGUCCCUGGACCAAAGAAGAAGAUCAGAGGGUUAUUGAAUUAGUUCAGAAAUAUGGACCAAAAAGAUGGUCUUUAAUUGCAAAGCAUUUAAAAGGAAGAAUAGGCAAGCAGUGUAGAGAAAGAUGGCAUAACCAUCUGAAUCCUGAGGUAAAGAAAUCUUCCUGGACAGAAGAGGAGGACAGGAUAAUUUAUGAAGCACAUAAGCGAUUGGGAAAUCGUUGGGCAGAAAUUGCCAAACUGCUUCCUGGAAGGACUGACAAUUCUAUCAAAAAUCAUUGGAAUUCUACAAUGCGAAGAAAAGUGGAACAGGAGGGCUACUUACAAGAUGGAAUGAAAUCAGAAGGAUCUUCUUCUAAACUUCCACACAAACCUUGUGCAGCUGUGGAUCAUUUGCAAACCCAGAAUCAAUUUUACAUACCUGUUCAGAUCCCAGGCUAUCAGUAUGUGUCACCUGAAGGCAAUUGUGUAGAACAUGUUCAAACUUCUUCUGCCUUUAUUCAGCAGCCCUUUGUUGGUGAAGACCCUGAUAAGGAAAAGAAAAUAAAGGAACUUGAGUUGCUUCUUAUGUCAGCUGAGAAUGAAGUUAGAAGAAAACGAGUUCCAUCACAGACUGGAAGCUUUUCUAGCUGGUCUGGUAGUUUCCUUAUGGAUGAUAGCAUGUCUAAUACUCUAAAUAGCCUUGAGGAGCACACAAGUGAGUUUUACAGUAUGGAUGAGAAUCAGACUGUGUCUGCUCAGCAGAAUUCACCCACAAAGUUCCUGGCCAUAGAGGCAAAUGCUGUGCUGUCAUCUCUACAGACUAUUCCAGAAUUCGCAGAGACUCUAGAACUUAUUGAAUCUGAUCCUGUAGCAUGGAGUGAUGUUACCAGUUUUGAUCUUUCUGAUACUGCUGCUUCUCCUGUCAAGUCCACCCCUGUUAAGCUAAUGCGCAUUCAACACAAUGAAGGACCUAUGGAAUGUCAAUUUAAUGUCAGCCUUGUACUUGAAGGGAAAAAAAACAGUUGUAACGGUGGAGACAGCGAGGCUAUUCCUCUAACAUCUCCAAAUGUGGUCAAGUUUAGCACUCCACCAGCCAUCCUCAGAAAAAAGAAAAGAAUGCGAAGGGGUCAUUCCCCAGCCAGUGAAGUUGGUGAUGGCUUAUUCAGUGAUGGUGGUAAUACAGCACUAAAACACACACCGGUGAAAACACUACCAUUUUCUCCUUCACAAUUUUUUAACACAUGUCCUGGAAAUGAACAACUUAAUAUGGAAAAUCCUUCAUUUACAUCAACCCCAAUUUGUGGGCAGAAAGUUCUUAUUACAACUCCUCUUCAUAAGGAAACAACACCCAAAGAUCAAAAAGAAAAUGUAGGGUUUAGAACACCAACUAUUAGAAGAUCUAUAUUGGGUACCACACCAAGAACUCCUACUCCUUUUAAGAAUGCGCUUGCUGCUCAGGAGAAAAAAUAUGGACCUCUUAAAAUCGUGUCACAGCCACUUGCCUUCUUGGAAGAAGAUAUUCGAGAAGUUUUAAAAGAAGAAACUGGAACAGACAUAUUUCUAAAAGAGGAGGAGGAACCUGCUUACAAGAGCUGUAAACAAGAGCAUACUGCUUCUGUGAAGAAAGUUAGAAAAUCACUAGUCUUAGAUAACUGGGAAGAAGAACCAGAUACUCAACUAUUAACUGAAGACAUUUCAGACAUGCAGUCAGAAAAUAUAUUUAUAACAUCUUUAUUAAUGAUACCAUUAUUGGAAAUACAUGACAAUAGGUGCAACUUGACUCCUGAAAAACAAGAUAUAAAUUCAACCAACAAAACAUGUACACUUACUAAAAAGAAACUAAACCCUAACACUUGCAAAGUUAUCAAAUUGGAAAGGAAUCAUCAGUCAAAUUGUGAAUGGGAAACAGUGGUUUAUGGGAAGACAGAAGACCAACUUAUCAUGACUGAACAAGCAAGAAGAUACCUGAGCACUUACACGGCUAGCAGCAGCACUUCAAGAGCUCUAAUACUGUAAUUGUUAUUAGAACUGAUGAAAUGCCCUACUUCUUUGUUAUAUUCUACACUAAAUUAGGUUGCAAUGAAAUUUUUGGCAAUUAAUUAUUUCUAAAGUUUUAAACAAGCCUAAAACGGUUUGCAUAUUUUUUAAAUAUUGGGCAGGCAAAAAGCUAAGCCAAUUUAAGAAAGAGGUAGGCAGUUUCAUAGGCUAUUUUUUAAGAGAUGAUAUUUUUAAAAAUUGUUUUUAAAGAACAAGACAGAAAUAAUAUUAGAAUAUUCAUAGAUUUUCUAAAAGGAAAUUUUCACAUAUUUUCUAAACAAGAUACAUGUUGCUACUCUCCAUGCUACAAUUCUGUUGUAAUGUGUGAUGAUUUCUGAAACUAAUAUUUAUAUGGGAGGCAUACAUGAUUUUAUGAAGUACUUAUGCUCAUGUGUUGAUUUACUUAGACUGACAUCUUUAAAGAAACAACAGUGAAAAGGAAUUUAAAGGAAGGAUAGGAAGUUGCACUACUAAUUUUUCAUAUUUUUCAAAAACAGUGAAAUAAACUACAGUGUUAAAUGUAUUUAUCUGAACAUGGUACUAAAAAUAAGACAUUGAAAGAGGUUUUUCCUUAUUAGUAAAGAGUCAGUAUUUUCUUCAUAAAUCUCAGAAGAGCUGAGAGUUUUGCUGAAUGUAUUGUACAGUAUGUAGGAGCAGGAUAACUGUAAAUUGGAAAGAAGUCUGUUUUUAUAAUUUAUUUUCACUUUCAAAGCUUAAAUGUAGAUAUUUAUAUAUACAUAUGUAUAGGGCAUCUAGAAGCCAAUGUUGUUUCCUGUCAUUACAGCUAACAUAGUAAAGAACAAUUUUGAGUUUUAAGUAUGAAACAGUAGUAAGUUAUAGCUGCAAAGAAUACAAUAUCUAUAUUGUAUUUCACAUCUACCUAAAUAUUGCACUAUGCCCUUUAAAUCAUGUUGGUUAUAAAGUAGUUCUAAAAAUGUACUAAAUAAUAAUUUAAUAUUUUCUUUUUAAAUUAUAUUGGGGGGUCAUAUAAAUUAAUCUGGUGAUUUGUAUAUGUUUGAAAUUUUUGCAUUUUAUUUUGUUUAAAAAAUAAUAUGAUACCUUGGUCCCUAAAAACAGUCUGCACUUAGAAGUUUAUUAUAUUUACUCAGUGUUUCAGAAGUAGAGAACAUUAUCCUUUAUUUAUAAAAAUAUUUUGUCCUUUUAUAAAUGUUUUGUGUUUCUCUACAGGUUACAACAGUUGCUUCAGUUGCCUGUUUUAGGUGUUUGCACUUAUUUUUUCUUGAAAGAAUGUCUUUUAUUUGCUUUUGUGGUAGAUUUUAUGUACUUUUUUUGUGACGUAUAAUGGUAUGCUGUCAACUUAAACACUGACAGGUAAAUAAAAUUGUACACUGUGGUUUUAAUUAUUUAUGAUUGACACACUCUCUCCCUCUCCACUCCUGAAGUAUGCUGCUAUAGAAAAUAGCAGAAUCGGCUUGCUGCUAAGAGAGAAGGAAAGAGCCACCACCACUUGCACUGUGUGAAAAGAUAAAGGCAAAUGAUGGCAAGAUCUCAAGUUAACUUAAUGGAAUCAACCAUUACCUAGCAAAUUCUUGCAAAUACCAAAAAAGGUUAAAAAAAAUGAAAGCCUUAAAAAACAAAACAAAAACAGCUUAAGAUUGUCUGAUCUGUUUUUAUGUUACUAGAGAUUGAAAUACCAAGUAUUUUAAUGCCUAGCUCUUGAGCAGUAGACCUAAAAGGGUUUUAAGCCAUUUAAAUCCACUUGCUAGUUUUUUGCACAUUAAAUGUAGUGAGAAGUGAAAAAAAUGUGUGGUUUAAGAUUAUGCCUUCUUGAUAACAAAGAGAUGGACCAAUUGGAAUCUUCUUAGCAGUGUUUAUUAAUAUGUUGAUUUCUUCCUAAUUAAUGGACUUCUCACAAAAAUUUCACUUUGUAAAACCAAUGACUGUAGCAAAAUCAUACUGGAUCAUUUCUUUCUUCCUUCUCAUUUUUUUUUUUUUAAUGAAGCCCUUAGCUAGUUUGGAUGUUUGCAGUCUCUAAUCACCAAAGUAUAAUAUCUUGAAAGAGCUAUAUUUUUUUAAAGCGUAAUUUUUCUUGAGCAUUAAAUUAUCCCAAAUGUAAUAUAUUGCAGAUAAGCCUGGGCUUACUGGACAUAGCACAUAUUUGGAUUGGUAUUGGUUGAAUCCUCCAGUUAACUGCUUUGUUGGAUUUUGCAAGAAGAUUUUUAGUUUUAAACAUGUCAGGCAUCUUAUGUCACCUUUAUAUUGUUGUGUUCAUUUGAAUUUCUUUCAAUAUACUAUAAAAGUGCCAGACAUACAUGUAGCAGCCAUACUUGCAUAGAAACUGACUACAUACAUGUAAUACUCCAUUUUGUUAUAAGGCUUUCACAUUCAUACAGCAGUUAGCAGUUACCCUGACUAAAUUGAGUUUUUUGAUGUAUUGGGAAAACUAUUGUAAGAGAAUCUUGCAUACAAUGCUGAUGUAUAUUAACAUCCAAAAUAAAGCAUCUGUGUACAAGCUGA